AUGGCGUCUGGGUAUCUGGCUCCCGUUAGCGCUGUACAGGUAGUUCGUUUGAGUUUGUUCUGGGAGAUUGUUCGGUAAUGGAUUUUCUUCCCCGCUCAGUGGAAUGGGAACUCAUGGAUUUGUCCUUUACAGGUUGGGAGUUACUUUGUGGGGCAGUACUACCAGAUUCUUCAGCAGCAACCGAAUUUAGUUUAUCAGUUUUACACUGAUUUGAGUACCAUUGUCCACAUGGAUGGCAGCUCGGAGGAGACAGCUUCUGGAAUGCUGGUGCGCUUCUUUUAUGUCGUUGUUCUCUCAGUGUAUUACCAAACUAAAAUCCCGAUGAUCUCUCUCAACGACUGCAUGACCUUACUACUCUCAUAUUUCUUAUGCAAUCCUUUCAUUAAUUGAAGGAUACAAGGUGAUGAAAUAAGUGUUCGGAAAAUUUUAAAAAUGGCAGUGACUGACUCAAACAAAGAUAACCAGAAUGGUCACCUAGUGACCGACAAAGGCUACAUGUCUUUGUGAAAAUAUGAUCAAACCAAUCAUAGAAAUUGAGUGGGCUGGCUGCGCACAUCGUGUAAGAUAUUGGCCCGUUGGUAAAAAAGGGGUUAAGACGUUGGUUGAUAUCCCUUGAUUUUCUCUGCCUCUGGAAUGGAUGGGGUUCUUGUAACCUUAUCGUUGCAAGUUCUAGACAGCCUACCUAUGUAGUUUUUCGGCACAAGUGUUUACAUGAUUGUUUUUACUAUUUACUGACAUAGUUGGACAGUCUGAGGUGAUCUAAAUUGACUUCAUGUCUCAAUAUUCUGCGAUAUGUUCCUUAUUUUAUUUAUCUUGAUGUUUCAUCAACUUUUGUGCCGAAUCUAGAAUGAUGAAUUUACUUUACCUUGAAAGGCUUUGGGGAGGGCCAUUUCAUUUGCUUUAUGAUGGUGAAAUCACUGUUAUUUCACUGCUAUUUCUUCUUCUGUCAAUCGAAUCUGUCAUGUCCAUUGUGAUCCUUCUGAUGACAAUGAGGAUAUAAUAAAACUCGAUUGUACAUUUUUACUGAGUACUGUUAUCGUAAGUGUCUGGUUGUUCGGUACUCAGAUAUUGAUCUCAUAUUCGACGUCGAUUCAUCUAGCCAGUUUUAGCUUUUUCUGUCAAUUGUUGAUGAGUUUACUUUUUAUUGAAUGAUGCAUAUUAAAGCAUUCUGGCUUCAUCACUUCAAAAAAAAAUUCUUGGUGCUCGUGUUUAAUUCUCUUGUGUCAACUUAGCACUAGGGGUAUUCACUUGAUUUUAUGGAGUUUGUAAUAUUAAUAACUCCACUUGAUUUUUUAAGUGAUUAAUUGCUUAGCUUACUUUGACAUGGAGCUGUUUUAUUUGUUGCAGCAAAUCCAUAGCCUCAUCAUGUCUCUGAAGUUUAGUGGUAUAGAGAUAAAAACAGCCCAUUCAUUGGAAUCUUGGAGUGGGGGUGUUUUGGUGAUGGUCUCAGGGUCUGUGCAAACAAAGCAGUUUAGUGGCUGGAGGAGAUUUGUGCAGACUUUCUUCCUUGCUCCUCAGGAGAAAGGAUACUUUAUUCUCAAUGACAUCUUCCACCUUCUUGAUGAAGAACAGGUGCAUCAGCAGCAAGUUCCUAUGUCAGUGCAUAAUAGCUUCAAUUCUACGAUUAUUAACGCUACAUCAGCGCCUGAUUCAGGUAUGGAUUUUGCAACGGUCAACGAUGUUUGAUGAUAAGACUUUGGAGACCAAGUUUGAUUUUAAAAUAUUAGUCGUAAAUCACUCGGUUGGUACCUUAUUGUAGUGAUUAUCAACUUGAUUGUGGUAUAGUCGUCCAUUUUGGUGAAAUUUUUAAACAUAAUGUGUGUACUGAUGCUUAAUAAUAAUUUUGAUAUGGUUUGUGCGAAACUGGUGAGCUGGAAACAGCGAUAGUAUGUAUAAUUAUAUAUUCUUGAUGAUUGCUGCGCGUAUUUUUUUUGGUUUUAUUAUCUGUUGUUCACCCUGAAUAACUGAUUGACUACGUUACCGAUUGAGUACAUUACUGAUGUGACGGGGGGAAUUUAAUUCUCAGUCAGAUCUGGUUUGAAACGUCUGAGAAAUUUACAAUUGUCUGAUCUAAAAUUCGAUAUUCUAACAUUCUGAAAGUGAUCGUUAGCACAUGUGAAAAUACCAUAAUUGGAUUCUCUAUUCAUAAUUUGACUGGCAGAGACAUGCAGUGAGCUGUAACGUAUAGUUCUUGAGGUAAGAAAAUGAUGGUGAACGACGUAGUAAAGGUUUUGAAUUUAUUCUAAAUGUCCUCCUAAAUUUUAGUUUUUUUAGUUAAUGUGUAAUUCUUCUCUUUAUUAACUUAAGCUUCUUGGGUGUGGUCGGUUUUCGUUGUCUUAAUGAUUUCUUUCCGGGCAGUAUGACACAAAAUGUCUGUAGUAGAUACAUUAGUAGGUACUAUUCUGUUUAAGCCUAUUUUGAGAUAAUUUUCGAUGACCCAAGGAUUCUCUUUAUCCGGAGGGGCUGGUCUUUCUAUUUUUGAGCUCGUAUGUAAAUUCAUAUUUUACCAUAAACUAAAUCAAUUAUUCUUGUCAACUGAACAUGCACUUGCAUUGCUAAUUAACCUGUAAUAGCUUAUGACUGUGAAAUAAUUUAUCUGGCAGUUACUAACUACAUGCAUGGGAGAGAAGCACACAUCAAUGAAUUCACAGUUCCUGCUGAUGUUGAGGAAAGUGAAUCCAUUGACAAGUACAACAUUCCUGAUCCACAGCAGCAGCACAUUUCUGAGGCUGAUGAUGGUGCUGAAGAAGAAAUUGCACCUGAGGAGCUUGUAGCUUCGUUCCCAAGCGACUCUAACUUCCAGGAUCAGCCUGCUCCUGUUGAGGAACCUGUUGGGGAGCCAACAAAGCACACUUAUGCCUCUAUUGUAUGUAAUGUGUUAAGACAUACAUUCACCUUGUCUUUUGCUGCCAACUCUAUCUUAUUGGAUUUCUUUUUUUAAUCUCAUUCAAAAUGGUAGUUGAGAGUGGCUAAAGUGCCCACUGGACAUCCUGUACCUCCACAAGCCUCUACAGCAAGAAAUGUGCAAGUGCUGUCCGAAUUAGAGUUGCAGAAUGUCUCACAGGCUGCUCCACAGCAGUCACCAUCUGGACUUGAGAAACCUGGCAGUUGGGCAGAGGAUGUUGCUGGACAAGAGGAUGACGGUGAGGGUUUCAAUUCUCUAUUUUUGGAUGCAAUUAAUUAGAGUUUUCGGGACAAAAGUUUAAUUAAUGUGUAUCUUUUAAUCAUCGGAAUACUUCAGCUUGUGGAGACCAUGAAUCAAGCUUCUAGUUUUUUCGAUUAAUGUUCUUACUCAAAUAUUCACCAUUUCAAUUUUAUCUUCUUUUUUUUUGCUUUUUCAGGUGAGGUAAAAUCUGUUUAUGUAAGAAACCUACCUUCUUCAGCAUCUGUUUCAGAGCUUGAACGGGAAUUCAAGAACUUUGGUAGAAUCAAGCCCGAUGGUGUUCUUAUAAAGACUCGGAAGGUAAUGGCCAUUAUUUGUCUGUCUAUAUACAUAACCACAGACUUGCAAAUAUGUUAACAUUUUUGCCCACUUUGUACGUGUCGUAUAUGAUCAGGAGGCUGGCGUCUACUAUGCCUUUGUCGAGUUUGAGGACAUGGCUGGUGUUCAGAACGCUCUCAAGGUUUGUUUUGCUUAUUUUCAGUAAUGAGGGUAGCUAAUCGCAAUUCCUGUCUUGGCUUUGUCCCCCCAACUUACCCCACACAAUCUAGAUGAUAUUUCUUCAUCGUUCAUGAAUAAUUUUUUGCAAAAAGGUUGUCACUUUGUCCUAUAAAUAUAUAUAUAUACAAGUUUGCCCACCUAGUGGCCAAAGCGGUCAUCUCAUGCACGCCUUCCCCCCCCCCCCCAAUCUGUGCAGGCAUCACCGAUCCUCUUCGGUGGACGGCAGAUACAUGUUGAAGAGAGGAGACCCGGGAGCCUGGGAGCUCGAGGAAGUAAGUCCUGCUGUUUAUCGAAGAACAGAGCAUUAGGCUUUCUUUGAUUUCAUGGAGAAAUAGCUGAAUUCCGUCCUGUAUGUCCCCAUCAACCCAUGAAUUGGGUUGUUGAAAUAUAUAUAGAUAUAUAUAUAUAUAUAUAUAUUCUCCAAGAUAUCAUCUUGACUAUCUCGGAGUGACCAGAAGGUUCUCUUGUUUGUUUUUCUGUGCAGGGAGGGUAAGAGUAAGAGGGGGAGGAGGGUACCAGGGGGAGGCCCCAAGGGGCCGUUUGGGCUCCCGACCCUCUGAAGGAAGGGAUUACAAUGGCCGACCGAAAGGGAACGGCUACCACCACCAAGGACAAGGCCCUCGCCAAGACCGAGGCAUACUCGGCCCACAGGUAGCUUUGAAGAAUGGGCAGAGAAGCUCGGCUGACGCUGCCACAAACGCUGGUCCCCAGUUUUGA